UAGCCGCAGUCCUCGUGUCAGCUGUGCCGAAACACAAAACCGUUCUUGGAAACAAGAUUCCUGGAAUCUGCCAGCUUGAACUCGGUUCACUUGUUCGCAAGGCUGAGCGUCGGAGCACAUUUGUCUUGAUUAUUUCCUCACUUUGUAUGAUUCCUUGUGGUAAAAGAUCCACUCAGACAUGGUUGCCCCGGCUGUGACCAUGAUCGAUCCUGUGGACCAAGGUCCCUGCUGCCCACAUCCUCCCCAGACCUCCUUGGACCGGGGAGAGGACUUGUCCGGCAUCGCCGCCACCUUCCAGUAUUUACACACCUCAGGCUGGUACUGGGGCUCCAUCUCGGCGAGCCAGGCUCGGGAUACACUCCUGACAAAGUCGGAAGGCACCUUCCUGGUGCGGGACAGCAGUCACCCGCAGUACAUGCUGGCGCUGUCCGUGAUGACCCACUGCGGUCCGACCAGCGUUCGAAUCCAGCACAAACGGGGCUCUUUCUGGCUGGACUCCCUCAGUCCCGAGCUGCCUAACCUGCAAUCCUUCCCUGAUGUCCUCAGUCUCAUUCAGCACUACACCGGCUCGGGACACACGUCGCAAGGCCCGGCGGCGUCCGCCCAAGACAGCCCCUUCGCCUCCAAAUUAAAGCCAGACACCGCUAACGGUGACCCCGCCGGCGCCAAAGACAGCGGCGUGCUCCUGAAGCUUCUGCGGCCGCUUCACAGGCCGCAAGCGUUCCCGUGUUUGCAGCACCUGGCACGGCUCGCCAUCAACGGAAACACAAACUGCCCCGACCAGCUUCCGCUUCCAAAGCCUCUCCUGGACUACUUGCACGAUUACCCCUUCCACAUAUGAGGGUGUCGGGAGGCGGAGUUAGGGAUCCACACUGACAAGAUGGCGCCGCCGUCACCUUCCACAAUGCUUUUUGUCAUGUUUGUCUUUAAAUAUGAUAUUAUAUACCUCUGUUUGGUGUUCACAAUAUAAAUACAUUUGCAUGGACUUUGACCAGCCUCUUCCUGUCAGCUGCUGUGAUGCUGCCCCCCCCCCCCCCCCCCAGCACAAAUUACCACCAUGCCAUAGAACACACGUGUCAAACUCAGGCCCGGUGGGGGGCCCAAAUCUGGCCUGCGAUGCAAUUUUAUCCGGCCUGUGGAACGUCAGUUCAGUUGCUAUCAACUACUCAUUUUUAAAAGUGGAAACAAUAUUUUCUAUUACACC